AUGAAUUAUUAGGACCCUACAAUUUUGGCACUAAAACAAUAGAAUGUGGAGUAGCAGAGAUAAAUAGAGCAAUUGAUGGGGAGGGUCAAUAUGCUCAUUAAAUAAUAAUAACUAUUGAAACCUCCAAAUAAGAAAUUAGAGAUUGUGUAUAAGAAGAAAAAGAUUCAUGAUGACAUUGUAGAUGAAGUAUUUUUAAUAUCAAGGAUUAUUAAAGCUAAAAUCAGCUAAGGAGUCUCUUUAUAAUCCACAGAGUGAGUAACGAAAGAAGGAGGAAAACUUAAUCAAGAAAUAUUAACUCAACAAGGCAAUCAAAACAGCCAAGGCUCAGGUUGAUAGGGAACGAGAGGAACAAGCGAAAUAGAUGAAGAAGAUUAGUAGUCUUCACUAAAAAUCGAUUGAAGAACAAAAGCAAUAGAUGUAUUAGGAAAGGAGAACAAACAGAAACAAAGUCUAAUUGGAUGAAUUUUAAUCGAAAUAUAAUUAUUAAUUAUAUUGGGAUGAAAGAGUUAAGAAAUUUGAAGAGGAGUAAAAAAAAGUUAAACAUCAGUUAUCUAAAUCUAUGAUGGAUCAAGAGAAUUUAAUGAACUAUUUGGAACAACAGGAAACUUUACUUAUGGGUAGGAUGCAAUAGAGUAAGUCAUCUUAAUAAUUUUUAUAACAAAAACUAGAGGAUGCACAAAGACUAAAAUCCAAGGAAUUUGAAUAAAAAUAUGGAAAACCAAAAGAAUCCAAGUUUUAAUAAAUACUAGAUAUCAAGGCAAAAUAAUGA